AUGAUGGAAGAGAGUGAUAAUUUGAUAAUAAAUAAAAAAGAUACGUCCAAUUUGAUUGACAAAUUAUCAGUGAUAACUGAAGAAAGUGCAGUGGAAAAAUUUGAAAAAACGGAAGAUGAAAUGGGCAAUCAAAAAUUUUAUCAAAGUGAUAUGCAAAUGAAUGAGUUAACUGUAAAAGAUAUCAGUGAAGAUGAUAAUGAACAAUUAAAAUUAUCAGAUAAUAUGAAAGAAAAACUUCAUACGUUAACUGGUAAUAUACGAUGUCGUACUUCACAGAUGGUUGAUGAAAUAAUGCAAGAAUCGGAUGAUGACGAGAAAUGCUCAGAAAAUAUUGAAAUUGCAACUAGAAAAGAACAUCGUCCAAGUUUAAUGUCACUGGUUGGACUUCAACGAGGAAUAUCACCUGCAAGUGAUAAAUGUACAAAUAAAUCCAAAAGUUAUUUACGACGAAUCUUUCUAUCAUCCAUCAGUCCAUUUCAUCGAGAAUAUUUAAUUUGGUUGACAAUAGUGGUGACAGCAUUUCUCUACAAUGCCUUCGGUAUUCCAUUACGAAGUUCUUAUCCAUAUCAAACAAAAUCAAAUUUAAUUUAUUGGCUUAUCACUGAUUACAUUGCUGAUAGCAUAUAUUUAAUUGAUAUGCUACUCAUUAAGCCAAGGCUUCGUUUUAUGAGUGGUGGACUUCCGGUUAAAGAUAUAAAAGAAACAAUAAAACAUUAUGUGCACAGUAAUGAUUUCAAAUUUGACUUACUUUCAUUAACACCACUUGAUAUUAUGUAUAUUUGGACUGGACCAAUUGCUGCAUGGCGUGCUAUACGUAUGUUUAAGCUUCCAUCUUUUUGGCAAUUAUUCAGUCUAUUGGAUAAUUCAGUUUCAAAUCCAUACAUAAUUAGAAUAACAAAAACACUUGCAUAUAUGAUUUAUUUAAUUCAUUGUAAUAGUUGUGUGUAUUAUGUGUUGAGUGCUUGGCAAGCUUUUGGGCAAAUUGCUUAUAGAAUGAAUAAUAAAUGGUACCUCAAUAAAUGGGUUUAUAAUAAUCAAGGAAAUGCUUAUAUUCGAUGUUUUUAUUUUACAACAGCCGUAGCAACAUCAACCGGUAAUAAUCCGGCACCAACAAAUGUUGUUGAAUAUAUUUAUAUGACAUUUUCCUGGAUGAUGGGUGUUUUUGUUUUUGCUUUAUUACUUGGACAAAUAAAUAUUGUUUCAAAUGCAAAUCGUAAUCGUGAACAAUAUCGUAAAACUGUAGAUCAAGUAUUAAGCGAAUGUAAACGACUUGGUCUAUCCAAGGAUACAAUCGAUCGUGUUCGAGACUGGUUUGUGUAUACUUGGCAAAAGCAAAAAACUUUAGACGAAAAAAUACUGAUUGAAAAGUUACCAUUGAAAUUACAAACAGAUUUAGCACUUUCAGUUCACUAUAAUACUCUCAGUAAAGUUCAACUUUUUCAGGAUUGUGAUCGAGCAUUACUUCGAGAAUUAGUGCUUAAACUUCGACCAGUAAUUUUUCUUCCCGGUGAUAUGAUUUGUAAAAAAGGUGAUGUUGGGAAAGAAAUGUAUAUUGUCAAUGAUGGAAUCCUUCAGGUUGUUGAUGAUGAAGAAAGUAACAAAGUUUUUGCUGAACUUACUGAAGGAUCAGUUUUUGGUGAAAUUAGUUUAUUAGCAAUCGGUGGUAAUAAUCGUCGAACAGCAAAUAUUCGUUCGAAAGGUUAUUCAACAUUAUUUGUUCUCUCAAAAGAAGAUUUAAAUGAUGUUAUCAAAGAUUAUCCAGAUGCGCAACAAUUGUUAAAAAAAAAAGCUAGAGAAAUGUUGAAAAAAGAUGAAAAAGUGAAGAAAGAGAAAUUUUCAAUGCAAAAGAAUAUAUCAACGAAUAUUAAUACAACAAAAUUUGUAAAUACAGUAAUGGAAGUAAUUUCAUUAAAUUCACCAAAUGUCAAACGAUCAAUGUCACCUGAAGAUGAUAAAACGUCGAAAAUGCAACAGAAUAAUGCAGUAGAAAUUGAUGAAUUUGAUAAUAUGUAA